AUGUCAAACGCCCAGUGCAAUAAAUGUCUCAAAGAGAAAAUGGGCGUUCACAAGAGAGAACGACUACUGACCUCCGCCAUCCGUAUUACAAUAGCUGCGGCGGUUCCACGCGGGGGUCGAGAUACUACUCCUUUUUGGACUCCAGAAUUAAAUGAAAUCGAAAAGAAGAUUUACAGUUGUAAACCCUCAGUCUCUCGAGACAGACUGGUAGCACGCGGAAGAGAAAUGCCAAGACAAACAUCCCAUAAGAGAUGGAAAGCCCUCUGUAAUAACAUGGCCGUGGCAGACGGCUGCUGUUGGAACAUUUUGAAGAGGAUUUACGCCCCACGCCCCCUCAGUUCCCCGGCGGUAAAGAUUAAUAAUACGGUACUCACGGAAAAUCAGAAAGCUAAGCACUUUAUCCGCUUAUAUUCACGACGAGCUCAACGUCACCCACAUUCCUACCCUCCACCACCCAUUCCAGUAACCGAUGCAGAAACCAUACCCGUUACAGCGGCAGAACUGGAACGGGCACAGCGUCUACCUUCCUAA